AUGGCAUUUAACAAAUACCCUCCUGGAAUUAUCAGUCCUGGAUACCUUAGUCGCAAAGCACUGCCGAUCAAGAAAAACGACGCUGAGCCUCUGACUCGGGAAGAUGUCCAGUACGACUUGCUGGACUGCAUCUUCUCCGAUACGAAGGCUGUCUUUACCGACCCAUUCAAGGACCAGGAGAAAGUCACCUUUGGCGACCUCUAUAUUUCUGCUCUGCACAACUCCAACAAAUGCUCAAAGGUACUCAAGGAUAAAAUGGUCGAGACUCCAGCUUUUGCCAUUGAAUUGGGCAAGAUAUCACUUUUGACCAAUGUAGGGAGGAUCAAUACCACGAUGGCGUUCUUUCCCGAGAUGAAGACAGCUUUGAGGACAUAUCAUCCUGUUCCUUCUCUCCAAAAAACAGACGGAAACGCGCAAGACGCACCUCGAAUAAAAAACUGUUUAAAGGCUGCACUCUUAGCUUCCGAGUCCAAGGGCAUCCCACCAGCAACCCCCGAGGAAAUUCUGUCUAAACGUCGUGCUGGUCUGUGCCCACCCACAAGCGUGGUUAACCUCGUUUUUGUGCUAUCCACACAUGCCGCACCGUUAUCACCAACUCACUUUGACGGCACCUUGAACUUUUUGGAUCUAUUUAUACCUGGGAAGGGCUAUGCUUCGUACGAGCGAGCACAGGCCUUUUUAUGGUUUAUAUACCAUUAUUUGGAGGACGCUGAAGGUCCGAACCCUUUUGCCGACAAGUUCGCUCAAAAGAAUCCGGGAAAGGCUCCCCAACUGCGCGAACUAGGGGAGAACGAGGUGGAGAACAUCGACACCCAGGAAGAAAUUCAAUGGGGCCGAGCGAUGUCUGCCAGACGUAACACCUUCCUUCAACAGCUCGUUUCCUCCCUCGAGUAUGAGAAGAGAACAGGGCGAAGUGCUGCGCCACUUUUCAUAUCUGUCACUCCCGAAAACGGAACGGGUCGGCGUUCACAACGACAAGUUUAUGAUUCUACACCGAGAGAAGAAGGGUCGUUCUUGUUCUACGUUCCGUCCCAGAACUCAGCCACUUCUGCGAGAUCAGAACGGGGUCGGAACCAGCACGCGCUGAGAACAGUCACAGAGGCAGAGGUGCCCGCGGGCCCUCGUCUUUCGCGCAGGAAUAUGGUGGAUCAUGCAUGGAUCAUCGCGACCACGACAGAUCCUUUGGAUGAUUCGGAUGGGGAACGAGGUGAAAGCGAACACGUUUUGUUGGAUUACGGUAUGCAUCGUUGUGAUCUAUUCCCCCUUCCCCGUGUCCUCAGUAUACUGAGAUAUUGGUUCUAA